AUGGCGUGCAACUCCGCAACGAUGGCCUGGAGAGCCAGCGUCCGGGCUCGCGCCCUUCCCAUAUCCCGAUUGAGCCAACGGCCGUCAGCAUUGCUACAGAAGCGGGCCCAGCGCUACCCUGGUGCCUCACGAUAUGCUUCGGACUCGGCUGCCCCAGCUGAGGCAGCUAAGGAGACAGUGAAGGAUGCUACAAAGGAGGCAGCCAAGGAGAUCCCCCGCAAAGCGGGCCGUGGAUCUAAGAAGGCCUUGUACGGUGCUUCAUUGGCCUUGACCCUGCUGGUUGGCUAUAUCUAUGGAACCGACACCAGAGCCAGUAUCCACAGAUACGGCGUCGUGCCCUUGAUCCGUUUCCUCUGGCCCGAUGCGGAGGAUGCGCACCACAUCGGCGUGGAGAACCUGAAGAUGCUCUACAAGUACGGUCUUCACCCGCGCGAGCGUGGCGAUCCGGAUAGUGAUGGUGCCCUGGCAACCGAGGUCUUUGGAUACACACUCUCCAACCCUAUCGGUAUCUCGGCCGGUCUGGACAAGCACGCCGAUGUCCCUGAUGCGCUGCUCGACAUCGGUCCCGCCAUCGUCGAGGUGGGCGGCACCACCCCCCUGCCCCAGGAAGGAAACCCGAAACCUCGAGUGUUCCGACUGCCCUCACAACACGCCAUGAUCAACCGUUACGGCCUCAACUCCAAGGGUGCCGACCACAUGGCAAAGGUGCUGAAGCAGCGUGUAUCUGACUUUGCCUACGCCGCUGGAUUUGGCCUACACGAACAAUCGGAGCAGCGCGUCUUGGACGGCGAAGCCAACGUCCCGCCCGGAAGUCUGGUCCCAGGCAAGCUUCUGGCCGUACAAGUUGCCAAGAACAAGCUGACACCGGACGGAGAUAUCGAAGCCAUCAAGCGCGACUACGUCUACUGUGUGGACCGAGUGGCCCCGUACGCCGACAUUCUCGUCGUGAACGUCUCUAGCCCCAACACCCCAGGUCUGCGCGACCUCCAAGCCGCUGCCCCCCUCACAGCAAUCCUGACGGCGGUCGUCGCCUCCGCCAAGAACGUCCAGCGCAAGACCAAGCCCUACGUGAUGGUCAAGGUCAGCCCUGAUGAGGACUCCAACGAGCAGAUCUCCGGCAUCUGUGAGGCUGUCUGGAACUCCGGCGUCGACGGCGUCAUCGUCGGCAACACCACCAACCGUCGGCCCGACCCGUUGCCCCAGGGUUUCGUCCUCCCCGCCGAAGAACAGAAGACUCUGAAGGAAACCGGCGGUUACUCCGGUCCCCAGCUGUUUGAUCGCUCCGUUGCGCUCGUCGCCCGCUACCGUGCCAUGCUUGACCAGGGACCCCCGUCUGCGACCGACUCGGACAAGUCUAUCGUGUCUCAGCUUCCUCGGAAGGUUAUUUUCGCUUCCGGCGGUAUCACUACCGGUAAGGAGGCGCGCGCGGCUCUCGAUGCCGGCGCUUCCGUGGCUAUGAUGUACACCGGUGUUGUCUACGGUGGUGUUGGCACUGUCACGCGGGUUAAGCAGGAGUUGCGUGAAGAGCUGAAGAAAUAA